CUUCCCUUGUCCCCCUUUGGUGCCUCCCCCCGGGCCUGCUUCCUUCAAAUUAUCUAUCCCUCUUGCUGCAUGAACAUCCUUGGAAUUAUAGGCCUUUUCUAAUGUCGGAACGGUCGCCCCGUCCGUCCAGCUCCCACCUGGAGCCCCCGAGGAAAAGCGUGGAGUUGGAAGAUUCCGGGGCUCAAGAUUCCGUGGCUUCAACCAGCGACGACGAACAUUUCUCCGAUGCUAGCGAGGGCCACCACCAGUCUGCUUCACACCCGGCCUCCGGUCGCACAUCCCCUGUGCCGCUGACUCGCGUAGAGAAAGUCGACGAAAAUCCUUCGCACGGAGAAAUCCCCGGAACGCCUGCGUUUGAGAAAAGGGAACAGGAUGCUAUUCCCGAUGAGAUCGAAGUGAUACCGGAAGGGUCACGCAGCAGAAGUUCCUCGACUGCGGGGCAUUUACCGCGUUCUUCAACCCCGGGGGGUUCCCCCGUGCCCCGGACCGUGGUCGAGAAGGUCGACGUGGACCAGCCAAGUCAUGGAGAUAUUCCUGGGACGGCAGCAUACGAACAGCGAAAAGCAGAUGCGGUGCCUGAUGUUGUGAUAGAAGCGUCGGAUGCAGAUAGCAAGCCAUCGUCUAGCCCGGAUUCGAAUGAACAAGCGCCCACCGAUGCCAAUGCCAGCGAAAUGAACGUCCCUGAAACAGUCCUUUCGAGAGUUGACUCUCUUCCAAGCGAGGAUACAACCUCAGCUUCACAUGCUCACCAAAGACGACCAAGCGACGCUCUUCCGGACGUCACAGAGGUCGUAGCAGAUGCCCCAGACCCGGGAUCCUCGCCAGAGAUUAAAAAUGACCAUCAAAGUGACGACAACCAAGCACAGCCCCUGACGGAUAACGGCGAUCAAACGACUGGGGACCAGGCGGCUGCAGACGACUUCGAUGAUUUCGCAGAAGAACAAGACAUGGGAGAAGAUGAUGAUUUUGGGGAUUUCGAUGAUGGGUUUCAAGAGCCCAGUGCGGAGGUAACUGAAGAUGAGUUCAUCGAGCCAACCGAAAUACAACCUUCGCAGCCUCCUACACCACCUUCCGUUCCGCCUCUUUUGGAUUUUGAUGCUUUCCAAUCCCUCUCUGAUCUCAACGCCGCUCUAAAUGACCCUCUUGAUCGGCUCUUCCCGGCCUCAAAAGAGGUUUCAUCUCUACCGCAGGUAGAACCAAUCCAAAACUCCUCCGCCAUCUUCAACUCCGAACGCUCUCUAUCAUUGUGGUCACAACUCGUUGCGCCCCCACCACUCCAGCCCCAGAACUGGGUGAAAUCCCGAAUCCGCCGGCUUUUCCUCGUGUCCCUUGGGGUUCCCGUUGAUCUCGACGAGAUUCUCCCGGCAUCCAAACAGAAGAAACUUGUGCUUCCAUCUAUCAAUAUCGGCUCAGACACCGGCGGAUCGACCACGCACUCCCGCUCUCAGAGCCAGAACCGCAAAGACGGCACCGUAAGUGGUACCGCCAGCCCUCGGACAUCCACACAAACGAGCCGACAAAGAACCUCACGACGUCGCGAGCCUACACCCCCGCCAGAGCUGGACCUCCCCGCGGUCCACCGACUCUGUACUACGACCGACGCCGCCCUGGAAGGGCUUACCGACGGUGAACUACAAGGCCACGUCAAAGAGCUCGAGGACGUGACCCUACGCGCCAGUUCCGUCCUCGAAUACUGGCUCAAGCGACUUGACAGUCUAGUGAGUGAAAAGGAGGCAUUUGAGGGGGUGAUUGAGAACCUCGUCAAUCAUGCCCGCCGCGUGAGAAAAUAAUGUACAUCCCUAAUGCAUUUCAUUUGUCUUUUCAUUUGCUUUUUUUGAUCCACCAAUUCCCCCUCUCGAUCUAUUUUGGUUUCUUGCUGGAUCUGCGAUCCUCCCCCCCCUUUUUUUUCUAAUAUCCAUUUGCUUUUUUUCUCUAUCCCUGUUUUCAAGCGAGGUCUGGACCUCGCUGUCAUGCAUGUGUUUUGCUUUUUUUUUCUUUUCCCCCUGCAUCCUAGAUCCAUGACCUCCCUCCACAUUUGGAAUGAAAAGCCAUAAUUAUUUGCUUAGAUAGACUUAGCUAAAAUGUUGUAUGAUACAAACCGA